AAUACGGAUUUUUGUUUGGGUCGGAAAAAAAAUAUACACCGGUGGUUGUUAUUUUUGCUGAGAGAAGAUGAGGAACGCCCAAUCGGAACCAGCCCAGAUUCCGACGAGCUUCGGCCACGAGCUUAGGGCUUGCCUCCGUUGCCGCCUCGUCAAGACCUACGAUCAGUUCAGAGAACAUGGAUGCGAGAACUGCCCUUUCUUCGAGAUGAACGACGACAACGAGCGCAUCACCGAUUGCACCACUCCUAAUUUCAACGGGAUCAUCUCAGUAAUGGAUCCGAGUAGGAGUUGGGCUGCGCGGUGGCUCCGAAUUGCAAAAUUUGUCCCUGGUUGUUACACACUCGCUGUUUCAGAGGCUCUUUCGGAGGAUAUGAAGAACAUAUGCGAAGAUGCUCAGAUGCAAUACGUACCGCCAAAGCGUAUAUAAGCGACCUGAUGAUCGGACCAAAAAAAGAACAAGACCCUGUCAGAAAACGUUUGAAGCAAUUGCCUUUUUUUAUUGUUUAAUGAAAACAGUUGGUUGUUGAAACUUUGAAGUGAAGGAACUUUCUGCUAACGUGGUUAGAAUAGCAGCUUGUGAUGUACUUAGACCUUCCGCAGUAGGACGGACAAAUUGAGUGUGAUUAAUGUAUUGAACUUGUAUAGGAAUCACACUUUUAGUGGGCCGAAAAUUUGGGUGUGAUUCCAAUUUAUUGAACUCAUGAGUUUAAUAUAUCAAACUCAUGAAUGUGGUAUCAUUGUAUUGAACUUGUAUCAAUGUAUUGAACUCACAUUAGUUUAGUGGUAGUGUUAUAGAAAGUA